AUGGCUCCUCCAGCAAAACGACAACGUAUUGAGGAUGAUGAGGCAGUUGCCCCCGUCUCAGAAUAUGACGAACAACCCGCGCCAAAAAAGGCGAAGAACGAAACCAAUGCCUCUGCCCGCAGAACACUCUUCGUUCGAUCACUCCCCGCAGUGGCUACCAGCGAAGCCUUGACCGAACUCUUUUCUCAGAAUUACCCUCUCAAGCAUGCAACGGUUGUCAUGGAUACGGAGACUAAGCAGUCAAAAGGAUAUGGAUUUGUCACAUUCGCAGAUUCAGAAGAUGCUCAGCGAGCGGUGGACGAAUUCAACGGAAAGAAGUUCCUCGGUCGGAACAUGCGAAUUGAAAUUGCUCAGCCUAGAUCUCGCGAACUUGGGACCAAAGGGGCAGACGGAAAGCACAAAAGUACGAUAUCUGCAGACGCCGCUGCUGUGAAGAAGGCACGCGUGGAGAAAUUGGCAGAAAACAGGAAAUCGCCCAAACUCAUCAUUCGAAAUCUUCCAUGGAGUAUAAAGACCCCUGAGCAGCUGGCGGAGCUAUUCAAGAAGUUCGGCAAAGUCAAAAUCUCUACUUUGCCAAAGGUCAAGGAUACUCAGGCUGGUUUUGGGUUUGUGGUGAUGCGAGGAAAGAAGAAUGCCGAAAAGGCUCUGCAUACUAUCAACGGAACAAUGGUGGACGGGCGCAUGUUAGCAGUUGAUUGGGCUGUCGAAAAAGAAGUAUGGGAAAAGCAAAAAGCCAAUGGAAUCGAUGCAACCGACGACGAAGAUAAAUCGGACGAUGAGGAGGGCGGGGCAAAAGUCGAAGAGGGCUCAGAAGAUGAAGAAGAUGAUGUUGCGAAUUUCAUGAAAAACUUUGGAGAUCAACUUGAAUCGGAGGACGAGGGUGAUGAUGAGCCCAAGUCCGAGGAUGGAUCCGACUUGGAGGACGAGGGCAGUGACCAGCUGAGUGAGGAUGAUGAGGAUGACGAUGAGGAUGAGGAUGAUGACGACCUAGAGAGUGAGCAAGAAAACGCAAGACCUGCCAAGGUCAUGAUCACAGACAACUCUACAACUCUUUUCGUUCGCAAUUUACCGUUCACAACUCUAGAUCCAGAUCUCAAGGAGCAUUUUAGUCAAUUUGGUCCAGUCCGAUAUGCACGAGUUGUCAUGGAUAAGGCCACCGAUCGACCCAAGGGUACUGGUUUCGUUUGUUUCUUCAAAGUCGAGGAUGCAGAUGCAUGUUUCCGUGGUGCCCCUCGUUUCCAGCCCAGCGGCGCUAAUGCGACCAAGAAAGGAGACGCGGUUGCUCCAAAAGUCAAGCACUCUGUAUUAGAGAGCGAGACUGCAGACUCCAACGGCAUGUAUACUAUUGACGGUCGAGUCCUCCAAAUCACAAAAGCUGUGGAACGAGAAACUGCUGUAAAGCUAACAGAGGCUGGUUCCACUUUCAGAGAAGGUCGCGACACAGACAAACGGAAGCUAUAUUUGUUAUCUGAAGGAACUGUCGCUUCUGGGACCCCCUUGUACGCUGCUUUAGCCCCGUCAGAAAUCAAGAUGCGAGAAGAUAGUGCUAUGCAGCGUAAAAAGUUGAUCCAAAACAACCCAACCCUACACCUGAGUCUUACACGUCUUUCUAUCCGAAAUCUUCCCAAAACUAUCGACUCGAAAGAUCUCAAAGCACUUGCUCGUGAGGCUGUUGUUGGGUUUGCAAAGGAUGUCAAAGGUGGAUUAAGAGCUCAGCUUUCAAAGGAAGAGGAGGCUCGUGGUGGCGACGAGAUGCGAGAUUCUGAAAAGCAAAGAAAAGCAAAAGGAAAAGGUAUUGUUAGACAAGCAAAGAUCGUUUUUGAAGGACGAGAAGGAGCGAAAGUAUCAGAGGAGAGCGGUGCAGGUCGAAGUCGUGGGUAUGGAUUUGUCGAGUACAGCUCUCACCGAUGGGCUUUGAUGGGAUUGAGAUGGCUUAACGGGCAUGCACUUGAAAGUUCGGCUGGGAAGAAGCAGCGAUUGAUUGUCGAGUUUGCUAUUGAAAAUGCACAAGUCGUGUCCCGACGUAAGGAACGAGAGGAAAAGGCAAGACUACGGUCUAAGGAGGUAGUGGAACUUCGUGAAAAAGGAGAAGCACCACCAAAAGAGAAGAAGAUUUUAAGGAAAGACACCGUCAUGGCUAAAACCAGAAAGGGCAUGAAAGGAGGAAAGAAGGGACGAGGUCCUUUAGCAAUUCCAGAAAAGUCGUUCGAUAGAGUUCCGCACAAAGAAUCAAACUCUGCUGGCGGCAAAGGCACGGAUGUCACGAAUGGUGGGCGGACGAAGAAACCAAAACCUGCUGCUAAAGACGGGCCACAAGCUACAGACGAUGGGAAAAUAGCUAAGCGAGCACAGAUUAUUCAGAAGAAACGGAUGGCUAGGAGGCAGCGGAAGCAGGGAGCUUGA